UGAUUUUAUUGGUUUUUAAUUUUGACCGUUUAUGAUUUUUAUUCCAUGACAAUCGUCUAGAAUAUUCUCGAAGCUUCUAUGCGCGUCAUCAACCGAGUUCAGUGGUGAUGGCAGAGGGGUAGGUAUUAAUUUAUUGAAUUUCACUCGUCUCGUUUUCAAUUUUCAUUGUUCAUUCUCGAUUCACAUUUCGCCGCCAUUUCAAGUUUACCGUCGCUUCUGCAUAAGUCGUUUUUGGUGAGUAACUGUUUUAUUUAUUGUUUCCUAUACCUUAUUUCCUCGUUUAAUCAUCCCUAUUGUUGGUUUUAAGUACGAAGAAACUUUUUGGGGUCAGCUAACAGUACUGUGGAACUUUAUUCGGAGUCUGUCUCGACUGGUGUUUAUGUUUGACCUAACGAAAUUGGUUUACGUCCACUAGGUAUACAGUACCUAUUCAUAUUUUGUUUACAGUUUCGUAACAACGGUAAUAUUAUUGUUACUGUUCCCACCAUAUUUUUCGUCUGUAGUUUUUUUCAAAUUUAAUUUGUUUUAGGUUCCGAUGUACUUCCGAAUUUUGAUCGUAUUGCUUAGAUUGCAUUGUAUUUGUAUGUACUAAGAUAUAAUAACACGAUAGUUAUAAUGUCUUCUAUUAGACUUCAUUUCUAUGAAUUCAUUUAUUGAAUUAUAAACCACAAAUUUGUUGAGAAUAACCGGUGACAAUUUCCCCUCAAAAUUCGAAUCUGUUUUAAAUCGAUGAAAUUCGUUUGGUUUCAUUGGUUACACCGUUUACAAACCUGUCACAAAUUUUUGUGAUUAUCGGUGACUUAAUCAUUCCCUACAGAAUUAUUAUUUGUCCCCGUUUAACCAUCGGUGCGGCGUCUAGGAAGUGUUAUCAUUAUAAUCGUAGCCAUUUUAGUUCUUGUCAUAUGAUUAAAUAUCAUACAAAAUUAGUCUUAUUAUUUUGCAACUAAAGGUAGGGGUAAGUUUCAUCUAUGAAGGAUGCAAGAAACGAAUAUUUUGACCGUUAUCAUUGCUUCGCAGGCUACUACGAAUUGUAACUGCACUAAAAUGAUAUAUUUUCAAUUUUUGACCGUACUUUUAACAAAUUCACAAAAACUUUAUGUCACAAGUUUAGUAAUUAUUAAUUUUUCGUGGUUAAGACAACUUGACAAAACCAUUGUAAUAAAUUUAUUUAGAAUUUAGAUUAAUAUAUUUGGUUCUCUUGCUCUUUAUGUAUUAAUUGCUUAUAUAUAAUUGCUAUAUUUAUUAUUUAGUUAUGGUUAAAUACGUAUAAAUUAAUGGAUAAAUAAUUUAAGAAAAAAAAAUUAGGUAGGUCAUAGGUAUUACAAAAAUAUUUAGUGGUGCAACCGAGAGGGUCAGUUUGAGUGUUCACCUAUCCCCUACUUAAAUUGUGAGAUUUUUUUAUGAAUCCUACAUAAUAAUUUGUAUUGUUUUAAAUUUUAGAUCUAUUUUGUGGCAAAAAAAUUUUGAUUUUUACUAAAUUUCUUUGCAAAAAUUUUUUGUUUACUAAAGUGCCUACUCCAAAUUAUUCACAUAUAUUAAAAUGUAUUCAUUUUUCGAACUUCAGUACUUUGUUUUUCAAUGUUAUGCUAAUAAUUUGUGAAUAAUAAUUGGUUAUGUGGUUAUCAGUUUUGUAGUCUAAGCACCACUUUCACAUUAAUCUGUAUAAGUGCAUAUUUUUAUUGAAUUAAAUUAAAUUAAAGGUAAUAAUUAAGGUCUGCUCACAUAUACAAUUAAUUAAAUUAUUCACAACAACCUUUCAUCGUAUGUGUGUUUAAUGAUGUUAAUUGCAUUCUAUAAUAGACAUGAUAUCAAUAUAGAUAAUUGCAAUAGUUGUUUUAUUUAUCAUUAUAAGGGAUCAAACUUUGUACACUAAAAUGUAUUGUAUUGUUUCAUUUAAAAUACAUGCACUUUAAAUACGCAACUUUUAGACUGGAUGGUUAAGUAUGUUUCUAUACCAACGAAAACCCUCAGUCAACUACGUGUUGGUCAUCUCAUAUAAUAUACAGUGGUCAAAGAUCGAGUUUUUUUUUUAUUCUUUAGCUCUGUGCUGCAACUGUGGUGAGGAUUACUUUUAUUUUAAAAUCCAUAAAUCGUACAUGAGUACACUAAUAUAUUUUAGUAUUACCCAAGAAGAAUAACUAUUUUUUGAUAUUCUUAAUAUAAAUAAAGUGAAACAUUUGAAUUAGGAAAUUCUACAAACAUUCUUCGGCUUUCUAGUGGGGGGAGGGGGGGAGUAAAAAAUUUUGCAAUUUGCUAAAGCUAAUAAUAUGUUAAAUAAAAAACUGAGUGCUAGUUUAAGAUAAGUUAUAAUAUUAUGCACAGUCAUUGAUCACCAACUAGAUAUUUUAUAACAUCAAGUAAUCAGUUGUUUUGAAUUCUUACUUUAAUUUUUAUAUUUUUAAAGACUAUUAUAAUGUAUUAUUUUCUAGACUUAAUUUUCAUUGAAUGUUUAUCUUUGUUGUUGACAGAAGCCUUGAUAACAGUUUUUGUUCCUACAAUAUUUAUUAAGCCAUAAACCUAUUAACCAAAAAUGGCUAAAACUCCUGCAGUUGGUAUCGAUUUGGGUACAACAUACUCUUGUGUUGGAGUGUUUCAACACGGUAAAGUAGAGAUCAUUGCCAAUGACCAGGGAAACCGUACUACUCCUAGUUAUGUUGGUUUCACUGAUACUGAACGUCUUAUUGGAGACGCAGCAAAAAACCAGGUUGCUAUGAAUCCUAACAACACAAUCUUUGGUAAGCACUAAAUAAUUGUAAAUAACGUAUGUUUUUAAUGGGUAUAGUAAAAUUAUAUUCUAUUAUAGAUGCUAAGCGAUUGAUUGGAAGACGUUUCGAAGAUGCUACUGUUCAAGCUGAUAUGAAGCACUGGCCUUUUGAAGUUAUUAGUGAUGGUGGUAAACCAAAGAUCAAAAUAUCCUACAAAGGGGAGAGCAAAAUUUUUUCCCCUGAAGAGGUACAUUUAAAGUCCUGUUUAAUAUUGUGUAAUAUAAAAAUGUAUACCCGCUUUAGAACACGAAAAUUAUUAAUUUACCUGGUUGAACCACCAAACAUAUUCCCCUUUGAUGAUUUUUAACUAAUGUCCAAAAUUAUUUGUUUAGGUAUCUUCUAUGGUCUUGACCAAGAUGAAGGAAACCGCUGAAGCCUACUUAGGAAAGACGGUGACAAAUGCUGUAAUCACAGUACCUGCUUAUUUCAAUGACUCCCAGCGUCAAGCCACCAAAGAUUCUGGUACUAUUUCCGGUUUGAAUGUUAUGCGUAUUAUUAACGAACCAACAGCUGCGGCUAUUGCUUAUGGUCUUGAUAAAAAGACAUCUGGAGAACGUAAUGUUCUUAUCUUUGAUUUGGGUGGUGGUACUUUUGAUGUAUCCAUUUUGACCAUUGAAGACGGAAUAUUUGAAGUAAAGUCUACGGCUGGAGACACCCAUUUAGGAGGUGAAGAUUUUGACAAUAGAAUGGUUAAUCACUUUGUUCAAGAGUUCAAACGCAAGUACAAGAAGGACUUGACUUCCAAUAAGAGGGCGUUAAGACGAUUGAGAACAGCUUGUGAACGUGCAAAGCGUACUCUGUCAUCAUCUACCCAAGCGAGCAUUGAAAUUGAUUCGUUGUUUGAAGGAGUUGAUUUCUACACAUCCAUCACCCGUGCUCGUUUUGAAGAAUUGAAUGCUGAUCUUUUCCGUAGCACUAUGGAACCAGUAGAAAAAUCUCUCUGUGAUGCCAAAAUUGACAAAUCUGCCAUUAACGAUAUUGUAUUGGUUGGAGGUUCUACUCGUAUCCCCAAAGUACAAAAAUUAUUGCAAGAUUUCUUCCACGGAAAAGAAUUGAAUAAGUCUAUCAACCCCGAUGAGGCUGUUGCCUAUGGUGCUGCUGUUCAAGCAGCUAUUUUGCAUGGAGACAAAUCUGAAGAAGUCCAAGACUUGUUGUUGCUUGAUGUUACUCCAUUGUCUCUGGGUAUUGAAACUGCUGGUGGUGUGAUGACAGCUCUUAUUAAGCGUAACACCACUAUUCCAACCAAACAGACCCAGACUUUCACUACUUACUCUGAUAAUCAACCUGGUGUGUUGAUCCAAGUUUAUGAAGGAGAGCGUGCUAUGACAAAAGAUAAUAACUUGUUGGGAAAAUUCGAGCUCACUGCUAUCCCCCCAGCACCACGUGGAGUCCCUCAAAUCGAAGUCACUUUUGACAUUGAUGCCAAUGGUAUUUUAAAUGUCAGUGCCAUUGAAAAGUCAACCAAUAAAGAAAAUAAGAUCACCAUCACUAACGAUAAGGGACGUUUGAGCAAGGAGGAUAUUGAACGCAUGGUGAAUGAUGCUGAGAAAUACAAGGCAGAAGAUGAACAACAAAAGAAUGUAAUUUCUGCCAAAAAUAGCUUGGAAUCUUACUGCUUUAAUAUCAAGAGUAGUAUGGAAGAUGAAAAACUCAAGGACAAAAUCCCAGAAACUGACAGAACNGAUGCCAAUGGUAUUUUAAAUGUCAGUGCCAUUGAAAAGUCAACCAAUAAAGAAAAUAAGAUCACCAUCACUAAUGAUAAGGGACGUUUGAGCAAGGAGGAUAUUGAACGCAUGGUGAAUGAUGCUGAGAAAUACAAGGCAGAAGAUGAACAACAAAAGAAUGUAAUUUCUGCCAAAAAUAGCUUGGAAUCUUACUGCUUUAAUAUCAAGAGUAGUAUGGAAGAUGAAAAACUCAAGGACAAAAUCCCAGAAACUGACAGAACCAUCAUUAUGGAUAAAAUUAAUGAUACAAUUAAAUGGUUAGAUGCUAACCAACUGGCUGAAAAGGAAGAAUACGAACAUAAACAAAAGGAGUUAGAGGGAGUUUGUAACCCCAUUAUUACCAAAUUGUAUGCUGGAGCUCAGGGUGGUAUGCCUGGAGGCAUGCCUGGUGGUAUGCCAGGUUUUCCAGGUGGUGAUCCCGGAGCCGGAGCUGGUUCAGGUGCUGGCCCAACUAUUGAAGAAGUUGAUUAAUUAAUUAAUUUAUAAACCCAACACAUUCCUAUUUCCUAUUGCUACAUAAAAAUGAUUUAUCACAUUGAUAAAUUACAGUAAAAAUAUUAUAUCAUUAUCAUUUUUGUUGUAUACUUAAUAAAAAAGUUUAAAUAAAAUUUUUUUUUACAGUCCGAUAUGUUUGUUAGUUUUUAUUAUAUAUUAUAUUAUCUUAAUUUUUGUAUUGCAUGUGCUUUUAGAAUCUACUAUAAAAUAUGUUAAACAUGAUCAAACUGAGUGAAAUAUAAAGUAUUAAAAUAUCCAGGUGAUUCGUCCACAAUAAUAAUUGUGUGGGUUUUUGAGUCUAAAUAAAUUCAAUAUGCAAUUUGUAGGUUUAAUUGGUUUUUAUACAUUUUUAAAGCAUUUUUCACCAUUGCAUUUUUAUGUGUUCAUUAGAGUUAAAUUUGCAUGGCAUUAUUAUUUAUUUCUACAAAAAAAUAAAAAUUAUAGAACUAAUCUUAAUUUAUUCUAAUCGUUUUUAUUUGAACUAAUACUGUAUUAGAAAUUAUCUUAAGAUUUGAUAAUUUUGUACUUCAGUAAAAAGAAAUGUUUUUUG